AUCCUAUGGUCUCCAUCAGCAGCCAGUCGCUUCACUCACUCACUCACUGAUCACCGGCCUGCAGAUCGGUCGAAGCUAGAGACCUCUCACCAAGAAAUUUGAAGCAAUGGCGGCCGGUCUGCAGGUGUUCGGGCAGCCGGCGUCGACUGACGUGGCCCGGGUGCUCACCUGCCUCUUCGAGAAGAACCUCGAGUUCGAGCUCGUCCGCAUCGACACCUUCAAGAGGGAGCACAAGCUGCCCGAGUUCAUCAAGCUAAGGGAUCCUACCGGGCAGGUGACCUUCAAGCAUGGUGACAAGACCCUUGUUGAUUCAAGGGCGAUAUGCCGGUACCUGUGCACCCAGUUCCCGGAGGACGGCAACCGCGGGAUCUACGGCACGGGGUCGCUGGAGCGCGCGUCCAUCGAGCAGUGGCUCCAGGCGGAGGCCCAGAGCUUCGACGCCCCGAGCUCGGAGCUCGUCUUCCACCUGGCCUUCGCGCCGCAGCUCAACAUGCUCCCCGACGAGGCCCGCAUCGCGGAGAACGAGCGGAAGCUGCAGCAGAUGCUCGGCGUCUACGACGAGAUCCUCGCCAAGAACCAGUACCUCGCCGGCGACGAGUUCACGCUCGCCGACCUCUCCCACCUGCCGGCCUCCCACUACAUCGCCGGCUCCCAGCGGGGCAGGAAGCUCUUCACCUCCAAGAGGCACGUGGCCAGGUGGUACGACGCCAUCUCCAGCCGCCCCUCGUGGCAGCAGGUGGUCAAGAUGCAGCACGAGCACCCCGGCACCUUCGAGUGAUCGGCGACGGCGAGCUUGAUCGUCGUCUGUCGUCGAUCGGCAACAUGCAUGCAUGAAUCUUCCAUCGGGCUUCAUACCGUGAUGUCUCCGUCGUCAAGGUCCCUCUCGUCUACGUUCGUUCGUUCGUUGUCGUGUUGGCUAAAAUAAUGUGAAGCCCUAAAGCGCGCGGUGUCUCUCGUAAUUUCUUCCAUUAUUGCAACACCAUUGUCCUUCCAAGGGGUUGUAAUGCUCAGUUGCUUUCAGUUCAACAAAUAAAUUGUUCCCAAUCGAGCCUUAUUGCUCGUUUGUCCUA